AUGAUGAGGGAUAGAUUGGCUACUGCUUACAGUCGUCAAAAAUUCUAUGCAGACAACAAAAAGAGAGCUCUUGAAUUUGAGGUGGGUGAUCCAUUAUACUUGAGGAUAUCACCCAUGAAAGGGGUGAUGAGGUUUGGUAAGAGAGAAAAUGUUGACUACGAACUAAAGUUACAAGAAGACUUGGCUUCUGUGCAUCCAAUAUUUCAUGUUUCAAUGCUUAAGAAGUGUUUAGGUGAUCCAGCAUCCAUCAUGCCUGUUGAGGGGUUAAGAGCUUAUGAGAACCAUUCUUAUGAAGAGGUUCCAGUUGAAAUAUUUGAUCGCCAAGUGAAGCGGUUGAGGAACAAGGAGGUUGUCAUUGUGAAGGUAUUAUGGAGGAAACACCUUAUUAAGGUUGCAACAUGGGAGGCCGAGGACAACAUGAUAUCCUGUUACCUCAUUUGUUCAGUUCUUGAGGUCAGAUAUACAGUUCCAAAGUCUGUUUUUUGCUUAAGAAAGUCUAUGUUUUAG